AUGGGCUCCCAAAACUCCACCCUGGAUGAUAUCUUGGAGGAGGACAUGCAUCACUGGUACACCAAAUUCAUGAAGGAGUCCCCUUCAGGGCUCAUAACGCUAUUUGAGCUCAAGACUAUGCUUGACAUGAACGGUAUGACAGAGGAGGCCGCCAGCUAUGUGGACCAGGUGUUCUUUACCUUUGACAUGGAUGGGGAUGGCUACAUAGACUUUGUGGAAUACAUUGCAGCAAUAAGUUUAUUACUGAAAGGAGAAAUUAACCAGAAGCUAAAGUGGUACUUCAAGCUCUUUGAUCAAGAUGGAAAUGGGAAAAUUGACAAGGAGGAACUGGAGACUAUAUUCAAGGCUAUUCAAGAUAUCACCAGAAGUUACGACAUCCCUCCAGAAGAGAUUGUAACUCUUAUAUAUGAGAAGAUUGAUGUUAAUGGAGAAGGUGAGCUGACACUGGAGGAGUUCAUCAGUGGAGCACAGGAUCAUCCCGACAUCAUGGAUAUGCUCGCCAAGAUGAUGGAUCUUACGAACGUCCUGGAAAUCAUUAUCAAAGGUCAACAGAAGAAAGCUAUAAACUGAAUCGAUAUCAACAAGCUGGACUGUGUGGAGAAUUAAAUAGUUUUUUAAGGAUUUUCAGAAUGCAACAGUUUUAAGGAAAGAUUAUACUGUAUGUGCUUGAUUGGUGAAAAGCCAAGCCCUAUCUCAAACUGCACAGAUUGAACUGCAUGAAGUGCAUGAACCGACUGAUCAGUCCCACACGGAUAUGAUCUCACUGUAUGUUGCCCGAGGGAAGCAGAGAAUCUGCCUCUUCCCUCUGCUUGUGCUCUCACAUUUCUUGAACAGCGGCCCUUCAGUUUUGUGACAUUUUAAAAGAUUUUAACAAACGUGUUUGGAGAUUCUCUCAGUGAAGGGAGGCCCCUCUGCUUUCAGGUUACCAUCACGGUUCGAGUAGAUGGUGCAAAGCAAGGUGAAUAAAUCACUUUGAUUUACUAUAAGAGCUUAUUGAGAGCGGGUCAUAUUGUAUAGGACUCUUGGUUUACAGAACUGUCAGACUCUUUGUGAAUUUCUUUCAAAACUUAGUUAGAGAAAGCACUUCCUGUGGCAUCUAUGGCAUAAUUACUGCUUUUGGCUGUUAACACUGUAGGUUAACAUCUAAAACACUCACUGAGAUUGUGUGUUCUUUGUUUUGUGUUGUUUUAUAUGUACAUUUUACAAAAACCUACACUAUGAAAAUAUAUGUAAAAAUAUUUGGCAUGAAAUGUAAUGCUUUACUAUAUUUUACAGUUAUUAAGGUUACAAUGUUGCCUUAAAAAUGUUUUUUUCUUCUUUUAAAAAGAAAAUCAUAUUCACA